AUGGUGCGUCAGAACAACUCCGGCCAGCAGUCCCCAGAAAAAACAUUCGGCAACUCUCAUCAGUCUAGACGUAUUGACGCUCAUCUUUCCCCCGGGGAAAUCGAUCUGGACAUAGGCACCGUGGAACGUUACGCAGAUGCGUCGCGCCAGAGUAUGCAGCGCAAACAACUCGCAGCCUCGAUGGAGAUCUGGGAUCAAGGCUGGGGCAUCCCCACAGACUUGAUGCCGCCCAAGAAACGGCGGGCAGCAGGGUCUCGGACAGCGACGGGUGACGGGGCAACUGCCUCCAAACUGGCGAAAUUGCGAGCCUUGACUGAGGGUGCCACGGGCGAGGAGGACGAGGCCGAAAGCGACGAGGAGGACGAGCUGGGCUCGGACUUUGAGCUGGAUGAUGACGAAGAAGACAACGAAGAGGGUGGGGACUAUCUGCAAUCCUACUAUGAGAAUGAGGAUGACACUUACGAGCGUCAGGAGGAGGAUACUGAAGAAACUUUUUGAAGCGUUGCGACUUGUAUAUCACAACAAUAGCACCCUGUUGGCGUGCCUUAUGGUUUGGUGCAGCACGGCAUGUCGGCAUGCGCGCAGUCGUGGGGGUGGGUACCAUGGCUCUUGAUGUGGCCUUGUCCCUCUGUUUGGUUCACCAUCCCGCACACAUUAAUGACGCUUGCCCGGAGACUUUCCUGACACAUGUCUUUUGCACUCGUGUUGAAACCGAAAGUCACAGCAGCGCUCAGCUGAUCACGUCAUGCAGUCCAAAAGGAUAAAUUCAAAAGAGUCA